UUAACUUCCCACUUUUAAACUAAACCUCUAAUUGUGUAUUUUAACUUUCUACAAAUGAGCUCAUAAAACAUUUUAAAGUGUGUGUGUAGUUCCAGAGCCAGAUCCGAGCUGUGCAUUGACUCCACUCCGUGUUUUCCCAUCGGCCCCCGCUGCUGUGUGUGUGGGUCUGUGUGUGUGUGUGGUUGUGUGUGUGUGUGGAGGGCAGAGCUGUGGACCGGGGAACGGGACCGUGGCUGCGGAGCUUUGUGUGUGUCCGUGCGGGUAGAGCGCAGAGUUCGUGGGGCCGAUGUGUGGAGGACGGACCGGAGCCUCCUCUCUGAACGCAGCGAGCCUUCAGGCCCCGUGGAGCCGCGGACAGGAGCAGGUCCCCGGCUGAGUGCGGCGCUGCGCUGCGGGGGAUGUGCACACACAAUGGGAGACGACGCGCUGGCACCGUGCGGGACGCGGCGGCUCUAGAGGAUCGUUCACCCGCGGGUCGUGCGCGAUGAGACCGGAGCUGAGACCGGAGCUGAGACCGGAGCUGUCCGCCGGACCCCGGGCGGAGGAGUCCCGGUGCUGAGGACUCUGUCCACUGGAGAAGUGACUAUACCCCGGUACAGAGGCUGCUGGGAGCCGGGGAGCGCAGCGGAGGAGCCGCCUGCUCGAGGCUCUGCUGCCGGUUCGAUUCCGCUGGGACGAACACGGAAUGUACUUCCUGCGUCAAAGAGCUGUUUGCUCAUCUGCAUGAGGGGAAGUCCAUGUUUGGUGUUGUGUUGUUUAAAGAGUUUGAAACGUGAGGUCAGCUUCUUCAGGAGGAUUCACACAGAGCAGGAUUAAAGUGGCUCUUCAUCAAACACCUCAGGUCUUCAUCAAACAGCUUCAGGUCCGUGGGAGCAGCAGGAGCAUGUACCUUCUGGACAGCAGCUGCACUGACAGGAUGGACAGGGGCACGCCUCAGAGGAAGACCGUCUACCGCAUCUCCCUCACCCUGGUGAAGAGGGAGAGUCUGGACGAUGAGGACGGAGAGCAGGACCCCCGGCCGGCGGAGAACCCCAAGGUGGGUGCCUUCCGGCGGGAGGGCUCGGUGGAGGUCCAGCGGGGCGGUCUGCUGGAGCAGCUGAAGGAGGUGGAGGACGAGAACGACGACUUGUCCUCGUCCCACAGAUACAUGAGGAACUUCAGGACCUUCAGCACGGGGCAGCUGGAGCUGGGGAGGCUGAAGAUGUCCAGGAAGCAGAAAGAGCUGAAGGAAAAGGCCACCAGCCCGUUAGCAGAGCAGAGCAGGGAGGCCCCCGGGAGCAGGGAGGCCCCCGGGAGCAGGGAGGCCCCCGAGAGCAGGGAGGCCCCCGGGAGCAGGGAGGCCCCUGAGAGCAGCUCGCCUCAGAGGCAGGAGGACGCUCCGACCGACAGCAGGCGGCAGGAAGCAGAGGAUCCAGAGAAGAUUUCCUCUGAAGCUCCACAAACAGACAGCGACCAGCAGAGGAAGAGGCUCCUGAAAGCAAAGAGCGUGGAGGAGAGGAGCUGUGAGGCGGCUCUGAACGGCGAGGGCACGAUGUCUCACUCCAACGGGAAACCAGGCAAAGUCUCGUCUCCUGAGACCCCCCCCCCGAAGAGGCCCCCCGGGCUCCUGCGGCGCAGCUUCAGCUUCAGGCACUGGACGGGCGGCGAGCUGCUGCGGCUGCGGGCGCUCUCCAAAGACAAACACCACAGCAGCUCCGGGUGCAUCGAGCGUGACCCCGGGCCUGAUGGCGGCGAGGUGACCUCAGAGGCUGCCGCUCUGCCGCCACCGUCUCGCCAUAACGACCUCACCAGAGAAAAGAGCCGGACCCUGGAGGUCGGAGCCGUCCUGAACAAGACGGACUCCAUGGGCGAGCUGAGCCGCUGGGAGAGAGCUCGCGGCAGCAAGAACCGAACGCUGGACAACAGCGACCUGCAGCGCCUGGCGGCCGAGAAGGACGCGUCAGGGGGGGGCUUCCUGCGGGGGGGAGGCGGCCGCUCCAGUGACAGGCGCCUGGUUCGCUUCUUCAGCGGGAUCUUCUCCAGGAGGGACGGGGCCUCCACCUCCACGCCGGUGGGAAGCCCCAGCACCAACCGGUCCCUGCGGCGCAGCAGGAGGGCGGGGCUGUCCCAGUCCAGCACGGAGAGCAUGACCGGAGGAAGCACUGACGAUGCGUUUGUGAACAGUCAGGAGUGGACGCUGAGUCGAGCCGUCCCCGAGCUGAAAGUGGGCAUUGUGGGUAACCUGGCCAGUGGCAAGUCUGCACUGGUGCACAGGUACCUGACGGGGACGUACGUCCAGGAGGAGUCGCCUGAAGCUGACGUGGACGCAGGAGGUCGUUUUAAGAAGGAGAUCGUGGUCGACGGUCAGAGUCACCUGCUGCUGAUCCGAGAUGAAGGGGGCCCCCCGGAGCCUCAGUUUGCGUUGUGGGUCGAUGCCGUGAUCUUCGUCUUCAGUCUGGAGGACGAGACCAGCUUCCAGACGGUGUAUCACUACUUCAGCCGCCUCGCCAGCUACAGGAACACCAGCGACCUGCCACUGGUGCUGGUCGGCACGCAAGACGCCAUCAGCUCGGCGAACCCCCGAGUCAUCGACGACGGCCGCGCCCGCAAACUCUCCAACGACCUGAAGCGCUGCACCUACUACGAGACCUGCGCCACCUACGGGCUGAACGUGGAGCGCGUCUUCCAGGACGUGGCUCAGAAGAUCUCGGCCACGAGGAAGAAGCAGCAGUUGUCCAUCGGGCCGUGCAAGUCGCUGCCCAAUUCCCCGAGCCACUCGUCCGUGUGCGCCCCGCAGGCGACGGCCGUCCACAUCCCUCAGACCAGUAAUGGCGGCGGCAGCCUGAGCGACUACUCGUCCUCGGUGCCGUCCACUCCCAGCACGAGUCAGAAGGAGCUGCGCAUCGACGUGCCGCAGGCCGCCAACACGCCCACGCCCGUCAGGAAGCAGUCCAAGCGCCGCUCCAACCUCUUCACCUCGAGGAAGGCGAACGAGCCGGACAAGGACAAGAAAGGCCUGGAGGCUCGGGCGGACAGCAUCGGCAGCGGGCGAGCCAUCCCCAUCAAACAGGGCAUGUUGCUGAAGAGAAGCGGAAAAACGCUCAACAAGGAGUGGAAGAAGAAGUACGUGACGCUGUGUGACAACGGACUGCUCACCUACCACCCCAGCCUGCACGACUACAUGCAGAACGUCCACGGGAAGGAGAUCGACCUGCUGAGGACCACGGUGAAGGUCCCGGGGAAGAGGCCGCCGCGCGCCGUCUCCACCUGCGCCGCCGUGCCGAGCCCCAAGACCAACGGGCUGAGCAAGGACAUGAGCAGCCUGCAGCUGGGACAGACCCCAGGCACGGUGACCACCAGCACGUCCGUGUGUCAGAUGGCGAGCGGCCCCAGCCUGGUGUCCUUCAACAGCCGCGGCGUGGAGGGGAUGCACCAGCGCUCCUACUCCGUGUCCAGCGCCGACCAAUGGGCCGAGGCCACGGUCAUCGCCAACUCCGGAGUCAGCACGGACACGGGCCUCGGCGACUCGCUCUGCUCCAGUCCCAGUAUCUCCAGCACCACCAGUCCCAAGAUGGAGCCGCCGCCCUCGCCCCACGCCAACCGCAAGAAGCAUCGGCGGAAGAAGAGCACCAGCAACUUCCGAGCCGACGGCCUCUCUGGUACUGCGGAAGAACAAGAGGAGAACUUUGAGUUCACCAUCGUGUCUCUGACGGGACAGACGUGGCACUUCGAGGCUACGACCUACGAGGAGCGGGACGCCUGGGUCCAGGUGAUCGAGAGCCAGAUCCUGGCCAGCCUGCAGUCGUGUGAGAGCAGCAAGAACAAGUCUCGUCUGACCAGCCAGACGGAGGCGAUGGCUCUUCAGUCCAUCAGAAGCAUCCGAGGAAACGCUCACUGUGCCGACUGUGAAGCUCAGAGCCCCGACUGGGCGAGUCUGAACCUCGGAGCCCUGAUCUGCAUCGAGUGCUCGGGCAUCCACAGGAACCUGGGCACCCACCUGUCCCGGGUCCGCUCUCUGGACCUGGACGAGUGGCCGCUGGAGCUCAUCAAGGUCAUGUCGGCCAUCGGCAACGAGCUGGCCAACAGCGUGUGGGAGGCCAACGCUCAGGGCCGCCUGAAGCCCGGGCCGGACGCCAGCAGGGAGGAGCGGGAGCGCUGGAUCCGGGCGAAGUACGAGCAGCGGCUGUUCCUGGCGUCGCUGCCGGGCACCGAGCUGACCCUGGGCCAGCAGCUGCUGAGGGCCACGGCCGAGGAGGACCUGCGCUCCGUGGUGCUGCUGCUCGCCCACGGCUCCCGGCAGCAGGUGAACGAGACGUGUGGCGAGGGCGACGGACGCAGCGCCCUGCACCUGUCGGGACGCAAGGGCAACGUGGUCCUCACGCAGCUGCUCAUCUGGUACGGCGUGGACCUGAUGGCGAGGGACGCCCACGGGAACAGUGCGAUGGCGUACGCCCGGCAGGCCAGCAGUCAGGAGUGCGUGGACACGCUGGCUCAGUACGGCUGUCCUGACGAGCGCUUCCCGCUCAUGGCCACGCCCAACCUGUCCCGCCGCAACACCAACCGCAACAACAGCUGCAGCAGCAGCGGCAGCACCGCCCUCAUAUGACCUGGACACACACACACACACACACACACACACUUGGGAGAAUCCUCAUCGUUUAUUUUGGGAACCACCACGUGUUGUGACUCUGGAGCCCCGCCCACCUCACCUGACGACCACCUGACGGCUCGUCCAGACUGAUUUAAAGGUGACACCAUGUUUGGGAGAAGAAACCCAAAGCAUGCUGGGAAAUGUGGUCUACGGGGGCUCGUCAUUGGUUGAUCAGAGCUCCUUGGGAAAUAAUCACAUGACAUAUGGCGUCCAAUCAGGGCGCAGUCUGACGCUCUAUGGACAUCAUACCUCAUCACACUACACGGCCAGUUCCUGUCAAUCAAGAAUCCUCGAAAGACUUGUCCAGCUCAACAGCCAAUCAGAAUCCACGUCCACUUUCCCGCCUAAACAUAUCUUCAAUGACAUGAAGACGAUAUCAAGGAACCGUGGGAGCACCCCCCCCCCCCCCGGACUCCGCCUCCUCCUGCCGCUUUGUGUUUUUUAUUUCAUGUGAAAAAUAUCUAGAUGUAAAACUUUUAAUGAAAAAUCACAGAUAUCGGAUCAGUUGUUAGAGUUAAACAGAGAAGUGAUAGAUCGCAUGUCGUAGUCCCCCCCCCACGUUCACGUCUUUCAGUUCAGAACUUGUUGAAAACUUUGAGACUAAUUCUCUCAUGAAUGUCACAUCUGGAGAAACUCAACUCACUUGAUUUGCAGAAGAUUCGAUGAAGACAGUUUUUUUACUUUCUGAAAUUCACAAUUCCUCAAAAAGAGAUCCAGCUAAUUCACGUUUUAUUUAAAUCUGUCUUCAAAAUAUCUGCAAUUUAGUUUUCUGUUGAAGGACUUGAUGAAAAGAUGAAGAAUCUUUUUGUUUGUUUUAAACCGGAUUCACGUGCAGGUCAAAGGUUUGAUUCCCUGAAGUUUUAAAAAGUGUAAAAGUCGAGGAAGCAGCUACGAAGCAAAAAGGGAAACGAUCGGCUUCUUCUUCUUCAGGUGUUUUAUUUCUUGAUCGGACGAUGAAACAUGGACGUCACGAUGUAGAGUUUCCGUGUAUAAAUAUUUAUCUGUUGUAACUGUUGACAUCACAGCGGCUUCCCUCUCAGUCUCUGUCGUCCAAUCAGACGCCUGAUCUGCUCAGCGAAUCACUAAGAAGGGCUCCUUAUUCUUCUUCUGUCUUGUAAAUAGUUUCCUCUUCCUCUCUUUUCUUCGUCACCUCCUGUGUUUCGUCAUGUAUGUAGAGAACACGUGUACUAAUCGUGUGCUGCCGUGUCGGGUUAGAAAAGGAACACUGACUGAAUGUCGCGUGUUCAGAGCAGGAAACCAGCGUCUCCACCUGUGGUCCCUUCACUUCAGAGAACACCGCCCCCUAGUGGGCCACAAGCUCAAUCUGAAUAAAACCAUCUCCUUUACGAACGUCACUUAAAAGCUCAGGAAAGUUCAAAUAAUAAAAACACUACAAAAUAAAACUAAAGUCAGGACGCUAAACGUUUCCGUAUCAAGGUGCCAAAAGGGGAGGAGCCACCGGUUUAAAGACCUCAAAUGAAUCGUGAAUGUUGAAAGUUAAUUUCAGGUGUUUUCACAUUUAGACAAAAUUGUAAUGAAGAAAAAAAAAACAUGGAUGUAGAAGUGACUGUUUAGUUUUUUUUUCGUAGCUGGAUGUAAAACGUGUCGACUGAACGCUAACGAUCAGGAAAGAAGCUCCUCAAGGUCAUGUGACCUUUACUUUCAAUCUUUAAACUCAGCUGCUGUUUCCUCCCGACCGUUAUCGUGAAGCAGCGGCUCAACCCGACUUUGUAUCCAAGCAAUAUUCAACAUUCACAUCGUAACGUCAACACUGACCUCGCUGCAAUAUUUACAUUGAAUACACUGCGUGAACAGAGUCGUCGACGUAAACACUAGCAUUUUCCUCUUAAUGCCUUUUUUAUUUUACGCUCCUGCGUUUAUGUCCCAGCUUCGUCUUGUACGUGCCACGCCCCCUUUCCCACAGGUCAUCACAAAGAUGGCGUCGUAUUCACUAAGGGGCUGAACUUUCUGUUUUAUUUUGUGUCCGACAUGUCCCUCGUCCGUCUUCAAGAAGGACGAAGACAAUGACCUCCGUUUAUUUAUGACAGAAAUGCACUAACUCUGAUUCAGUCCGUCUUCAACCCGAACUCUGUCCACUACAGUUUCCUGUUUUAUGAUUUUAACGUUUGUUAAUUGGCAGCAGCUUCUGACGAUUUCUUCAUAACGGAUAUUUUUAUUUUUACGUUCUGAACUUGAACAUUCUGUGUUUGUUUUUCUUAAACUUGACACAAACAUCAAAGUUGAAAACGUGUAAGACGUGAAACAUCCAAUCGCCAGCUAGCGCCUGUUAGCUUAGCUUAACAACAAGCUGCGUGGUAAUGCACUUGUUUUCUUCAAACUAAAACCAAACGUGAAAGUUGAAAAAUGUUUUGAGACUAAAAACCUCCUGUGAAGCUCCAGGUGCAGCUAGCGUGUGUCAGCUAAACUAAGCUAAUGGUCAUUAGCGUGUUGCAGUAUGUUUGCUAGCUGUUAGCUCGGCUAAGCUGCGUGUAAAUAGAUCCCGACAUUUCGGAAGACGCUGCUCGUCACCUGUGCGUAAACUUCAAACUACAAACCAAGAAAACACAACUCUGUGCGUCACCAUCCGGUUUGUCUGGUUGUGUUACCUCAUGUGUGUUUUACCUUGACGCCCCCCCACUCCCGGGCUGCCACCACAUUAUUUAUAAACGCACCUAGCCAGGAAGACUCCGCCCACUCUAACCUUUGUUUUUGUACUUUUCUCUCUGACCCUUCGAGUCCAUCCAUGUUUUACUAGAUUCCUUUAUCAUCCAGACACAUUAUUGUUAUUCUAAUUAUUAUUAUUGUUAUUGACUUUUGUUGGCUGUACAGUACCGUUGUUGAAAAACUUAACCUAAUACAGAGUCUUCUACUGUAAUGUGUCUCUUUUCAAUAAAGACGAGAAUAAUGCUUCGUAA